AUGGUAGACGUGGAUUCCCCAGAACGUCCCGCGAAGAAGCAGCGCCUGUCCAGCGAAUAUGGCGGUCACGGUCUCGACCGAACCGGCGACUCGAGUCCCCCGAGUAGUAGCCUCCCAGUUCCAGAACGCUUCUUUCAGGAUCCAAUACUACCGAGUGAGCCUGCACUCCCGAUAGCUCAGUCUUCACCUCUUCCUGCCUCUCGCCUCCCUCCCCUUCACAACGGUGACCACCAUGCUCCGCGGCGUGCCACUCCCCCGAAAUCCGAACCGCCCGCGCCUACUCUACCGCAUGAAUCUUCGUCAGUGGCUUUUGAUGAGGGAAUGUUUGAGACUUUUGUCGGUCACAAAGUAGAGUCGGGUGUCAUGGACAUAAUCAGAGAACACAGCCAUGGAAACCUCGAAAGAGCUGUUAACAUGUACUUUGACGGAACCUGGGAGAAAUACAAGAAACCUGCAGCGGCGAGGACCAAGCCCACAGCUUCGGCGCCUGCCGCGCCGUCGACGAUGAAAACCGAGACUGGAAUGCUUCCCCAACGGUCGAAACAGCAGCCAAGGUAUAUCGGCGCUUUUGGGGUCGAAGGGUGGGCAACCCGGAGUGGCUACAACAUGUUAAGGCAUGGCGACCUCGUGAAAAUCGAGCGUCAAAAGAUACAAUUACCCCAAACAACCCCAAAGGGCCAGACGAGGAUCGGCGUCCCUCUAGUUACCGCCCGGAUGACGGCCGCUGCUGCGAGACGCGUUGAUGUCAUUGUCCGAUUUACCAACUCGGCGGGGACGGAGCUGGGAAGGCUAUCCAAGGAGACCGCCAAUUGGGUUUCGACGCUGAUGGAUCAGGGGAUUUGCAAGUUCGAAGGGACCUGCGUCUAUGCGCCGGAACGGUUAAGGACAAAUGAUACUGUAUUCUUGCAGCUGAGAGUGUAUCUGCUGCCCUCUGCCUUCCAAGCCAAGGUACUACAUCCGUCUGAUGAUAUUACCGUUAGCUUUAGGGAGGAAGAGGAAACUACUCAAGAGAAGGAGCUGAGGCUGAGGCAAGUGGCUCUUGUAAGGCUCUUUCAGGAAAUAAAUGUUCUUCCUUCUACUCUGAACGCUGCCGACGCAAGACAGCAGCGCCAAGGAUUGCUUGAUGCUGCUGAGUUGGAUGAGAAGAAAGCAAAGGAGUUGCCCAAGCCCAAUGGAAGGGAUGGUAGGGAUGGUAGCGGUACGCCUUCGACUCCCCCCGACGAGUCUGAAGAAGGCGAGGAGCUCGAGCAAGACCAGCUAGAUGCCCUCUACCGAAAAGCCCAAUCCUUUGACUUCAACACUCCAGAAGCCGAACCUUCGGAUACGUUUGCCCUCGAACUGCGCCCUUACCAAAAACAGGCCCUUUAUUGGAUGCUCAACAAGGAACGAGGCGAACAAGGCAACCGAGAACCUUCGUUGCAUCCGUUAUGGGAAGAGUAUACCUGGCCUCUGAAGGAUGCAGACGACAAGGAUCUUCCCGUGUUUGAAGGGCAAGAAAAGUUCUACAUGAACCCUUAUUCUGGAGAGAUGACGCUCAUCUUCCCGGCCCAGGAACAACACUGCCUUGGCGGCAUCCUGGCCGAUGAGAUGGGUCUUGGGAAGACCAUCCAAAUGCUCAGCUUGAUUCACUCCCAUAGGCCUUAUGAGAGAGUCCGUCCCAAGACUGGACUUUCUUCUCUUCAGCAACUGCGAUCGCCAUGUCUAGGUGAAAGUGAAGUCCUUCGAGCUCCACAUACUACCCUUGUUAUUGCUCCCAUGUCGCUUCUUGCGCAGUGGCAUAGUGAAGCUGAGAAAGCCUCCAAGGAGGGAACCAUCAGGGUCUUGGUCUACUAUGGCAGUGAAAAGAAUUGCAAUCUCCAAGCCAUAUGCUGCGAGGAUAGCGCAGCGUCGGCACCGGACGUAGUUAUCACGAGCUACGGGACAGUACUCUCCGAGUUUAGCCAGAUCCUCGCGAAGAAGGGAGACAAGUCGCAACACCACGGCCUAUUUUCCCUCAACUUCCUCCGCAUCAUCCUCGACGAGGCGCAUACCAUCAAGAACCGGAGAUCCAAGACGUCGAAGGCCUGCUAUGCGCUUGCCGCCGAUCACAGGUGGGUUCUGACGGGAACACCCAUUGUCAAUCGGCUCGAGGAUUUAUUCAGUCUCGUCCGGUUUCUGGGUGUCGAGCCGUGGAACAACUUUUCGUUUUGGAGGACGUUCAUUACGCUGCCGUUCGAGUCUAAGAACUUCGUGCGGGCGCUGGAUGUUGUUCAGACGGUGCUUGAGCCUCUGGUGAUGAGGAGGACGAAGGAUAUGAAGACGCCUGACGGGAAGCCACUUGUACCCCUUCCACCGAAGCACGUUGAGAUUGUCAAAGUUGAGCUCUCCGAAGCUGAGAGAGAGAUUUACAACUACGUCUUCACGAGGGCCAAGAACACUUUGGAUAAUAAUAUGGCUUCGGGAACGGUAAUGAAAGCGUAUGCUAGCCUGUUUGCACAAAUUAUUCGCUUGAGGCAAACCUGCUGUCAUCCCAUCCUGAUCCGGAACCGGGACAUCGUAGCCGAAGAGGAAGAGGCAGCGAGUGCAGAGGCUGCAGCCGAUGCCGCCGCAGGCCUCGCCGACGACAUGGAUCUGGACGUCCUGGUUCAAAAGUUCGCAGCCGAUAUCGCGGACCAGUCGAAGCCGGGCGCCACGUACGGAGCACAUGUGUUAGAGCAGAUUCGAAAGGAAGCCAGCCUCGAAUGUCCUAUUUGCGCCGAGGAGCCUAUGAUUGAGCAGACGGUGACGGGGUGCUGGCAUUCGGCGUGCAAGAAGUGUCUCCUGCAGUACAUGAAGCACGAGAUCUCCCGAGAGAAAGUGCCCAGAUGCGUGCACUGCCGCGAGCCUAUCAACAUGCGUGACCUAUUCGAGGUGAUCCGCCACGAGGACGAGCCCGACCCGAUUCACGGGAAAGCGCGCAUAAGCCUCCAGCGCGUCGGAUCUAGCGACUCGUCGUCCAAGGUGAUGGUCCUCAUCCGCAACCUCCGCGAGCUGCGCAAGGAGCACCCGCGGAUGAAAUCCGUCGUCUUCAGCCAAUUCACGUCGUUCCUCUCGCUCAUCGAGCCGGCGCUCCAAAAGGCCAACAUGAAGUUCCUGCGGCUCGACGGGUCGAUGUCGCAGAAGGCGCGCGCCGCCGUGCUCUCCGAGUUUCGCGAGGCGAGCAAGUUUACCAUCUUGCUUAUUAGUCUGAAGGCGGGCGGCGUGGGGUUGAACUUGACAUCGGCGCAGAGGGUGUACAUGAUGGAUCCGUGGUGGAGCUUUGCUGUGGAGGCGCAGGCGAUCGAUCGAGUGCAUAGGAUGGGGCAGGAAGGGGAGGUGAAGGUUUUUAGGUUCAUUGUGCAGAAUAGUGUGGAGGAGAGGAUGUUGAAGGUGCAGGAGCGGAAGAAGUUUAUUGCUUCGUCUCUAGGGAUGAUGAGCGACGAGGAGAAGCGACUCCAGAGGAUUGAGGAUAUCAAGGAUCUUCUUAGUUGA